GGUGCAACACCCGGGCUCUCCUGUUUAUUCAUCGGGAAUCUUGCGCCACAGCAGCGCUCCAGGGGGAGAGGGCAACUGCCAGGGCCAGAGAAGGGCCGGGAUUGGUUUAGAAUCACAGAAUCGUUCAGGGUGGAAAAGAAAACUGGGAUCAUCAUCGAGUCCCGCCACUCCCCCAGCGCAGCCUGUCCCACGUCCGCAAGUGCCACAUCCGCGGCUGUUAAAUCCCUCCGGGACGGGCAGGCCAGCUCUGCCCUGGAGGGUUUAUUUUGGGGGUUUCACCCCCUCCAGGCUGCGGGGGCAGAGCAGCGCCCUGGGGAGCUGCAGCAGGGGCUGGUCCGCACACGCUGGGCCGGGCAGGGCUGCAGCCCGUCGGAUGUGACUCAUCCUGGAGGCUCAUCCCGCUCCUCCCCCGCUCCUCCCGUGCCUCUCCUGUGUCCCCGCCGCCGUGGGACCCUCGCUGCCACCGCCGCCGCCGUGGCUGGAGCCGCUCCGGCGCGUUGCGUGCCCGUGUUGGCAGGGAAGGGAGCCAGAACUGCCCCCGUGCCCUGUCCUCGGCCCCGCAUGGACCUCCCGGCGCAGGAUGGAGCUGAGGCACCCCUGGAGGGGAGCCCCGAGGCUGAGGGGCCCGAGGGGCCGGCGGGGCGCUGGUCGGGGGCCCAGGUGGGCUCCUGGCUGGCUGCGCACGGCGGGGCCGCAGAGCUGGCUCGGGAACACGCCCUGACGGGCCGAGCGCUGCUGCGCCUCACCGAGGGGUCCCUGCGGCGCAUGGGGGUCACCCCGCGGAGCCGGCGCCGGGAGCUGCUGCGGGAGCUGCUGCGGCUGCGGCUGCAGCAGGAGAUGCAGGAGCUGCGGAGCAUCGCCGGGGAGUGAAGAUGAUGUCCCUGGGGAUGUCCCGGAGCCUGUGGGAGCAGAGGAGAUAGGACAGGAGGAUAAAGCAGCUGGGACUGAGCAACACAAGCAGGAAUAGUCCUGGAGGAGCCCCGAGAUCACUGUGACCCCCCAAAAAUCCAGAACCUGCCCAGCACAGAAGCUGAUGAGGACAGCAGAAGCUUAGAAGUGAAAUUUGAUCCAUGGGGCUGAGCAGUUACCCCAGCCAGGCAGAAAGUAGGUCUAGAACUGAUCUUAUGUGAAAUAGAGGAUCACAAACACAAAGGCACUCAUUGGCAUGCUGAAAAACUUCAGAAAUGUUUGCAAAAAUCUAUAAUUGGGUCCAAAAUGGCUCAGAUUGUGCAAUCAAGAAUCCAACGAAGGGUAGUUUGUUAAAGAAACAACCCUGACAAGGCUACAAAAUAAUGCCGGGAGCUAUAAAAUCUGGAAAUGUUCUGGGUGAACACUGGCAGAUUGAUUUUACUGAAUUGCUCUGACAAGGGGGGGGUAUAAAUCCCUCCUGGUUCUGGUGGGUACUUUUCUGGGUGGCCAGAAGGCUUCCAACACCAGUCACACCAACCAGGUUAGGGAAGUGACUGAAGUAUUGUCAGACCAAAUAACACCUGGACUGGGGGUACCUUUGAUGCCUUGAGAAGGCUGACCUGGAACAGAGACUGGACAGUGCUAAGAGAAUAAAGUUGAUAUUUAUUGAAAGGCCUUUAAGGGUACACCUUGGGCAGGACAAGAGCCUGGCCAGGGCUACACCCAAGAUGGACCGAAAAUGAACCCAAAAUGGUCACAGAAUGGACCCCUGGUCAUGAGGUCUCAUAUUUUUAUAAGUUUUGAUCCAUUUGUAUAUUGGGGUUUAAUUGUCCAAUUACAGCUUCAGAUUAUGACAUCCCAUCCUUCUUGUUUUCUCUUUUCAGUCCACUCCUGUUUGUGCUUUUGGGCCUGAAAAUUUGUAACUCUUGUCCUUGGUUUCCAGCAGGAGCAGGAUUUGUUUUGUGUCCCUGCCCUGUGCAGAGCUGAGUGACCCUGAGUGUGAGCUCAGAGCUGCACCCCUGGGCAGCACAGUCUGAAAUACAUCAAAGAUAAAAAGGCAUCACCUUUGGGAAUGUCAUCAGACAGAGAUUCCCACGUUAUUGCAGAAGGGAUACAACAGCCUAGGAAAGCCUUGGGAAUAGCUUGGGAUUUUCACACUCCUUCCAGGACCCAAACCAGUGGCCAAGUGGAGUGAGUGAAUUGUACAAUCAAAUUGCAGUUGGGUAAAAUAUGUCAGGAAACCUCCUUGACCUGGGUCCAAGCCUUAUCUGUUUCUCUGUUUCAAAGCAGAGCCUCCGGAGGCUCUGCUUCUCUCCCUCUCCCCUCUCCCCUUCCCUCUCUCCCCCUCCUCUCCCCUCUCCCUCAGUAGCCAUGUUGCCUUCCUGGGGUCGAACUCCAAAUAAAUCCUCAUCUCAUCACCACCUCACCAGCUGUCUGGAGUCUCCUUGCCUGCCUGCAUGCAAAUACCAAAGAACCUAGAGCCUGGGGGCUCCCAGGGAACCCUCCCCGGGGACACCCCAAAAUCCAAAUUACAACACCGGCUGUGCCAAGGACCAAUCCCAGAUUUGCCAGCAGAUUUGGGUAACAGUGCAGAACAAAGCUGUUCUUUUAUGGCAACAGGUGUUGUGGUGCCCAGACUUUGGAGCAAGGACUGGAAAAGACUCUUUUUCAUACGAUUUCUCAGAGACUUUUAUUCCCCAAGAGGGGGUUGUGAAAAGGAUUAAGGAACAAAGCCCAUGCCUGCUUUUAAAACCGAGGGGUGGGGUGUGUGGAACAAGCAGGUCAUUGGUCCCAGGACAGUUGGACACAGGUUUUUCCAUAACAUAGGGCAGGGUCAGGGGAAAGAUGGACAGCUGACCGAAGCUUCUAGGGGCAGGGCAGGGGUAGGAGAGGCAGACUAAGAGACAAAAAGGGGGACACGCCUGGACAGCACUCGAUGCAUCAAGCAUGGGGAAACAGGGAAGAACCAUUGAAAUACAGAACUCAAAACAGCUUAACAAAAACCCACCACCACAGGUGGCCAACAGAAACAUCAGGAUUAACACUAGAGAUGGGUUUGAGGGUCCAAAGUACCACCUGGUAGACAGGCAGUGGCCCUCCUUUUGUUCCAAGCCCAUCUGUGGUACAGAGACCAUCCUGCUUUGUCCAGAGUCAGUUUGGGAGUUUCCAGAAUCAACAGCACCCCAGCCAUGACUGCUCACAGGCAGCUGGACCAUCCUUGGCAUAAGGGAAUAAUUCAAAAGGUCCUGUGGCAUCUGGCAAGCCCAAAGAUGGAGCCCUCACUGGUAUUUUCCUAAAUUGUUUGAAAGCAGCCCAAGUAUCAUCAGUCCAUAAAAUAAAAUCUUUAUGGGCAGUUUAACGAGCCCAUGCAAAAGUUGGAGCAAUAAUCAAAACUACUGAUCCACUCCCUGGCCAUUCUGAGAAAGGCACACAAUUCCCUUACAGUUCCACAUGCUUACUUUCCUUUGUCCUCAGAAAACCCAGGAAGGUCACAGUCAUUUUCAUCACUUGGGUCUUCUCCUUCAAUAACCUGUAACUAUUUAAUCUUAAAAAGUUUCACAGUUUAACAGGUCUCAGUCCUGUUCUUUAGUUUCAGUGCCUCGCAGGACAUCAUCAGCAUAUUGUAACAGAGCCCCUUGUGGAUUAAAGGACUUCUGCUCUUCUAAUUCCUUUGCCAAUUGAUUCCCAAAAACUGUGGGGGUAUUUUUAAAAUCCUUGUGGCAGUGCAGUCCUGUCUGUGGAUUUUCCCACUCUGAUAUGAAUAGUUCCUGGCUGUCACAGCUUAAAGGUGUGCAGAGAAAAGUGUCCUUUCAAUCUAUUGCAGUGAAACAUUCACAAUUUUCUUUUACUGUGGUUAAGACUGUGUGUGGGUUAACAACUGUAUUAUUUUAUUGAUCGCUCUUAAGUAUUUUCAUUUGAAUGUCUCCUUCCUGAAACUUGAUCUCUGCAUCAGAUUUUUCCAGUGACCUGCCUCCUAAUAAUGGUUUUUGGAGAGUUAGGCAGACACAAAAAUUGAUGGUCUGUCCAUAAUUUUCCCAGUUUGAAUUUAAUUUGCUUUGGUUUCACGAGUUCCAGUGACACCUCUGGCACUGACAAGUGUGAUGGAGUCAGCACUAAUCUUCUCUUGCUGGGUAUUUAAUACUGAAUAAAACCUCCUGUGUCUACCAAAACCUCUCAUUUUUCAUUUCCCAGUGUGUUGGGGAAGAUGAGAGUUUAACAAGAAAGUUUUACAGAUAUGAAUGCUUAGCAGAAGGCUCUCUGAAUGUAGAACUUGUAAAAUAGAGAUGGAAGCAAGUUUUGAUAUAGAAGAAUAAAAGACGUCUAAAGUUAGACUUACUGAGUCAGUUGUUAUUGGACAACUAAGAAGAGAAAGGUUGAGUUGGAAGGAGAUUUUAUGACUAGAACAAAGGAUGUGUUGACCACAAACAAAAAGAUGUUUUUACCAAGUAAAGAUAAAUCUCAAGAAAACCCUAGGCAAAUGAAAAGUUGUUUUUACCAAGUAGAAAAAAGGUCUAAGAAAUCUCCACUGCAAAACAACUUUAAGUUUAAACCGUAACAUACU